CGAGGUUUAGUCUUUGUUGAGCGGUCACAGUGGUAGUGUGUGCGUGCCUCUUGCUCAGUCGUUUACAAAUCAGCUGCACGGCAGCAGCUGCAUCAUUGCUCCUUAAUGGGCUUUGUCUUCUACGCAAUUAAGUGGAAUUCUGUACUAUUGCUGUAGAAUAUCUUUAAGCUUUGUUACGAAUUAGUUAUUUCUUUUCGGUUUUGCGAGCUUUAGGGCAUUAACAAGGGAUAAAGGUUCCAAGAUACUUAGUUGAAAACGCUUGGUAUUAGUCAGGACGCCACGACGAAUUACGCACGUUGCCGAAACUCGUCUUUCUCAGACAUUCGUCUUUGUUUCAGUGAUGGCGGAGCCUAACUACGAAGAAGCUCCUCUUUUGGGUGGACUGCUUUCCCCAGCCCUUACCAAUUCCCCUCCAUCAUCCCCAGCCCAGAUCCCUAAAGCAAGCAGCCUGCAGGUGCCGGGGGGCAAGAGCCCCAAGCCUCAGACGAGUAUGGACAGCGGGUGCGAAAGUGACGCGGGCGACGACAUCAUGAACCCGUCCAACUCUGGCGCGUGCGGUGACUCAAGCGUCAAUACAAGUCCCCAGUCCUCAGUGAGGAUACGAUCGAGUCAUGGGGUCUUCAGGUACCCUUCGUCGGGUUUAUCCUUCCCCAACAGGAGCAACACAUCCCCCAACAAAGACACCUUCUCUUCCCCCUGCAGAAAAACUUCUCAAUUUUCCUCGUCCGUCUCCCCCUUCUUGGAGGAAGCCAGCACCUCAGGAGCGUCGCCGCUGGGGACGAACUCCUCGUGCGCUUGUCGUCCCAAGACCGCGUGGCGUGACACGUCCUGUACCGUCGACACGUCUUGUAACGGGGGCACAUCUUACAACGUCGACACGUCUUGUAACGUCGACACGUCUUGUAACGUCGACACGUCUUGUAACGGGGACACAUUAUCCUGUAGGGACACUUUCCCAAACUUCCAUACCAAUACGAGCGCGUCCUUCGGGCAGAACACAUCUUGUUGUCAAGCCACAUUCUCGGGCCAUGAAUCUUCUUGUGAAGAUUCGUCUUCGUGUAAAAAUAAUUCUUCUUUGGAAUCGUCUUACCGGGAUCCAAGAACUUGUAUAAAUAAAUCUUCUAGUAUAAAUUCAUCAGUUUGUCCGGAUUCUACAUCUACGUUCUACGACUCUCCAUCAUGUAGGAAUACAUCCCUGAGCCAUGACACCGCAUCGUCGAGUUCUCACACCACGUCACCUCAUGACCCGCGUGAUGACAUCACAAAUGAUCAUCAUCGUACUGACGACGCAGCGAAUAUCAUCAUAAAUGUGGACGAAGACCAAGCCAAGCUCUCCCCAGACGCUGCUACUGACGAGGGUGACGAGGGUGUUAAAGCUACCUUCAGGAUAGAGGGUGAUGAGGGUGAAGAGGAUAACAGUCCUGAUAACAGAUACUUAGCGCCGAGGCGUCCGCUGGAUGUGUUCUCUCAGGCGCUGCCGAAGAUUCCUUCCUUCCCGAAAUCCAGCUUUCUGUCAAGCUCGUCCUCGACGGCGUCUCUGCCCUUCUGCCGCAUCUGUCAUCUGCCAGAGAGCGAGGGUAGCGAGGCUCUCAUCUCCCCCUGCCGGUGUGCCGGCACCAUGGAGUACAUCCACCACGGCUGCCUCAUGAAGUGGCUGGAGGUGAGCAGCAGUCGCUCACGUCAGGUGCCAGCCUGCGAGCUCUGCAACUAUCAGUUCCACCGCAGCAAGAAGUUCAGG